UCCUGCCGGCCGGAAGUUAAAGCGGACGGUGGUGCUCGCCGCGGAUGUCCUCUGCCUUCAGCCAAUGGCGAACUGCUUGUUGGCGUGGUCGCCCUUCAGGGGCUUUGUGGCCCCUGGGGGGCAAUCGUUGCGAGAACUGUGGUGCCGAAGUCCGGCCCUGGGGAGCAAGCGAGACCUCCUGAGGCCAGUUGGUGCAGGAGGAAGGGCGCCCCCGGGGCGGGGCCGGGCUGGGGGUAGUCUGGCCAUGGGGCCUCCGUCUCUUUGGCAGUCAGCGUGUGUAGUAAAUGGACUCUGCGGGGGCCGGCCCUUUUCCACUGCGGGGCGGCUACCGCGAGGAACCAAGGGUCCGAGUGGCCCACGCGCAGCGGGGCCUGUUUCCUGGAAGUCCUUGGCAUUCACAUUUGCUAUUGGUGGAGCUUUAUUGGCUGGAAUGAAGUACUUGAAGAAAGAAAAGGCAGAGAAGUUAGAGAAGGAACGGAAGCGAACAAUAGGAAAGCCUUUACUUGGAGGACCUUUCUCACUCGUGGAUCACAACGGAGAACCCAAAACUGAUAAGGACUACUUGGGACAGUGGAUACUAAUUUACUUUGGUUUCACUCACUGUCCUGAUGUCUGUCCAGAGGAACUGGAAAAAAUGAUAGCUGUAGUGGAUGAAAUUGAUAGUAUUCCAACUCUGCCAAAUUUAAAACCACUUUUCAUCACUAUUGACCCAGAGAGAGACAACAGAGAAGCCGUUGCAAGAUAUGUGAAAGAAUUUUCUCCCAAGCUAGUUGGCUUGACAGGUGGUCCAGAAGAGAUUGAUCAAGUUGCCAGAGCAUACAGAGUUUAUUACAGCCCAGGACCCAAGGAUGAAGAUGAGGACUAUAUAGUGGACCAUACAAUAAUAAUGUACUUGAUUGGCCCAGAUGGUGAAUUUCUGGAUUAUUUUGGCCAAAACAAGAAGAAUUCAGAAAUAGCUGGUACAAUUGCUGCACACAUGAGGGAUCACAAGAAGAAACACUAAAAUAAUGUUACUUGUGUUGCAGUGAGAUUGUCUUACUAAUAAGAGGACUUUAUCUCCCUUAGGAGAUGGUAUAUAUAUGAUUUUCAGCUCCUCUGAAUCCCUAUACUCUGAUUACAUUGGACCUUUGUCCUUGCAGACCAGGAGAAGAACAAGACGGUUUGCUGAAUUCUUUGAACUGUAAUGAUUAAAGCAGGAAAUCUCUCAAGAAGUGCUUUUCAUUGUGUUACUGAAGUAUGGGGAGAGAUUAAAGCAGUAACUAGUGAUAGCAUAAAAAAUCAUAGACAUCCCCAGAAGCCCUCUCAGUGCCCUGUAUUUCAUCUUGCUGACCUCCUGGCUUCACAGACAGUCUAGAACUGUGGAAAGUUAUUUCCAGAGAAAAGGAGGAAUCUUCACAGGGCUAUUUCUCUUCUCUCUGAUUUCUGGUGGUUGUUUUAAAAAAAAAAUAAUCAUACUGGGACCAUGAUUGGGCAAAGGUAGUUUUUGUAUUUAAAAGUAAAAAUGCCACCCUUAUUCCUUACUUAACCUAUACCAAUCAGUCUGGGGAGGGAGAGCUGAUAGAAAGUUUUGAAUUUUUUUUUAGGUUGGAGAUAACUGUAUUGCACCCUUUAUGUGUUUUCUUCCUGUAAAUGAAGUCUUCAGUGGAAAUGAUUGAAAAUAAAAGUGAGGUAUGACUAUAAAUAAUGGUUUACAGUGUUGUAUAGUUGCACUGAGUGUAAAAUAGAGAUGUUCACCUCUUUUUGCAUAGUUUAGCUCAGGGUUGUUUGUUUUUUCUAAGACAAUCAAGAUCUUCUUGUGGAUAAAUGUUCGUUCCUAAAUUGGCAAUGUACUGCUCUAGGGAUAGGAGGUUACUAGGAUGAAGAGAUUUGAAGAUUUUGCCUCCUUUUAGUGUAACUGAAUCAGUUCAGAGCCAGACACAACCUGGGUGUUGAAUAAAUAUAUUUGUCAUA